CGAAUUUUCUUUCUAUCUAUCCGUCUCUAUCUUUUUCGUUUUCUCUCCGAACGUGAGUUUUUUGUGUACCGUUAACGUCGUCGUCGUCGUCGUCGUCGUCAACUAUCGUCGUCAACAUCGUCAUCGGUCGUCAUCUUCGUCGUCGUCUUCGUCUUCGUUGAAAAUUUGCCGGAAAGUGACGCGCUUCUUCUCGUCAUCGUCAUCGUGGUCGUAGUCGUGGUCGUGGUCGUGGUCGUGGUCGUGGUCGUGGUCGUGGUCGUGGUCGUGGUCGACAUCGAAAAAAAAAAAAAAAAGAAAAAAAUGAAUAAAUGAGUACAGAGUAACGAAGAAAAGAAAAAGCACGGAUAGAAGUGACGGCAAGAGGAUUGUGUUGAAGAAUGAUCGGCUGUAUCGCUGAGAAGAAGAAGCUAAGUCUUUCGUCAACGUAUCCGACGACGUCGUCGUCGUCGUCGACGAGUAUGCCAAUGGUAUAACGUCAUCGUCGUCGUACAGAUUCGCCUAAAUGGUGGCUCCAAGGGGAGCCGUGGAAAAGCAUGAGGGAACGAACACCCUCUGCGGACGACACCCCGAGAAGGGCCCCACCUGCUCCGCACAAAGAAGCAGCAUCGGCAGACAGUACUGGUAGCGAGGCAUCGAGUGGAGGAGUGAUCUUCGACUUGUCGAAGCGUUCCCUGGCAACAAAUCAGAGCGGUGCAAAUCAAGCACGAACUACGAGAGCGACGACGACGACGACGACGACAACAACAACAACGACAACAGCAACAACAAUAACAACAACAACAACGAUAACGACAAGGACAAAGAACGAAACUAACGGCAAGAUGGUGGCCUCGAUGCACAACCUCGAGGAUCUUGGCGUAAGCCACCCGGCUAGUGCUAGUGGGAACGAGAGACAACAGCAACAGCAAGUUCUUCAAGAGAAACACGCUCACGUUUAUAGAUCAGCACAAACGGCACAGGACAAGAGGAGUAGGCUGAGCAAUGUGAUAAACAAUUUGAGAAAAAAAGUGCCCGAUGGUAGGAGUGGUAGUGUCGUCGGUGGUAUUGGCGGUGUUGGUGGUGUUGGUGUUGUUAGUGGUGGUGGUGGUGGUAGUGAUUCACCGAUUCGAAAGGAGGAGGAUGGUAGAAAUAGCGUAGAGAGGAAUCUCGAGACUUUAGAGAAAUACGUGAUGACCGUGCUGAAUGGUGUGAUAAAGGACGAAGAGGAGGAAGGUGCGGAAGGGGAAGAGGAGGAUGACGACCGUUCGGUCGAGAAUAAAGACACGGAGAAGCCAGCUGUUGGUAGCGGAGUAGGAAUAGGAAUAGUAGAAGAGGCCAAGGACGAAGAGGAGGAAGACGAGGAUUCGAAGGGUCCGAAAUUCGAGCCCUCGAAACCGAACGAGAGUAGAACCGAAGUUGCUGUUUUACCUCCGGGGCAUAUCGAAAAAAUGAAGAGCGAUCUCGAAGUUGAUAACGUUCGUUGCGAAUACGGAAGCACCGACAUGGAUUGGACGGUUGGUCCAACGGAGACAGCCAUCGAAUCGGCUAAGAACGUCGUCGAGUCGGGACAUUCUAUGUCACCUCGUCUUCGUUUGUCCUCCUUCGAUCACGAAAAGAGCGAUUUUUACGAGAGUUCUUCCUCGAAAGAUUUGGAAAACGAUAAUCAUCAUUCGCGCCAAGAAUCUAUAGAAUCGGAAGGUGAUAAGAGGGAGACACGUUCCCUCGGUAUGAUCAUUAUGGAAAGGUUGGAUCAUCAAAUCGUCGAAGGAAGAAAUACAAGCACCGUAGACGAUAUCGUCGAAAAUCUCGAGCUACGUGAUACAUGUCGUGACCUAUUGAACGAUUUAUUAAACGGUAUCGAUCAGUGCGCCGAUAAAAUGAAUUCGACGGAAAUUGCUAACGUCGCUCGCACCUUCGUUGAUACCUUCGACGAGCCAAGAGAUUCUCAGGUAGCUGAGGAACUUUCAACUACGAGUUUUCAUUGCAGUUUACCCCUCGAAAGGAUCGCUUCCGUUUUGCAGAAUUGUCAAGCUGCUUCUACCGCUGCUGUUGCUGCUGUUGAAACGUUGACGGUUCAACAACAGUCUUCUUCUUCUUCUUCAUCAUCAUCAUCAUCAUUAUCAUCAUCUUCUUCUUCCUCAACUUCCUUAUCCUUAUCCUCUUCCUCCUCUUCCUCUUCCUCUUCCUCAUCCUCUCCUCCUUCCUCUUCUUCGACGUCUUCGUUGUCGUCACAUCAAAUCGUCGCAAAACCAUCAAUAUCGAAACCACCUUCGCCAACGGUGAGACAUCUCUGUCUUUAUUGCGACAGAAAGUUCUUGUCUAUAUCCUUACGACAGAGACAUACCGAGAGGGUUCAUCAGUUGGGCGGUGGUCGUCGUUCCGAAAGAAAUUCUCGAAGACCUUCGCAAAAUUGUCAAUAUUGUUCCGACAAGUGUUUGGACAGUUUGGAGGGUCUUUUUCAUCACAUGGCCGGAAAUCAUUCCGACAAAUAUCACGCUUGCGUUCAAUGCUCGACGAGAUAUUUAACGAGGGAAGCAUUGCUCGUUCAUAUGACCGAAACGCAUGCUUCCUCCGCGCGAGAAAGGACGACGCCGCAAGUUCAGGAAAAGAUGAAGGAACCGAGCCCACCGUGUAAGGAGGUCGUUUGCCAAAGUUCCAACGAAAAAUCGGACGUUCCGCCCUCGAAAGAGAGAAGACCGUGUGACGCGGAAACGGAAUAUCGAUCGGAGACUAGCCUGCUGAAGCACGUCGUACCGACGACUACGAAGGACGUUUUCAGCAAUCCCGGUAGCCCGGAGUUCGAUAGUUCCUUCUACAGCAGCGUGAGUUGCAACAUUCGAGAGAAUUUACUUCAUCAUCUAGAUGGAAAAUUGCAAACAAGCACAUCGUCGUCGAAUAGUUCGUCUAUGACGACGACAACAACGACGACAAUGGUGACGACAAUGACGACAAUGACAACAACGAUGAUAACGACGACGAUGACGACGACGAUGACAACGACGACGACGACGACGACGACAACUAUGGUGGCAUCAGCGACGGAAUCAAAACCGCAACAAUCCUUUUACGAGCACAAUAACGCGAAUCAAAUCCAAUUUCCGAUCGAUAUAUCGUUAACCGCGGCCACGCCGGUCUACAAUAAAGACUAUGCCGUUGAAGAGUACGAAAAUUCGAGCGAGUACGCUCAGAAACCUGGAAAGAGUAGUAGGUCUCAUCCACGAAGGGUUUCCUUCGAGAAGUAUAAUUUCCCAAGGAAAUACGAUGGCAAGGAACAGUGGACCUGUUCGAUCAAGGAUCUCAGUAAAUUCGAUAUAUCAACGCAAUUAUCCUUGAGGAAGAAGCAACAAAUGUUGAAGGAACGUAUCACCUUGAACAGGUUACAUCAGAUAUCACCCCUCGUUAACUCGAUCCCGAGUAACGAUAUCGUUCAAACUAGUCUCGCGAAUGAACAAACGAGCAAAGAAAAAAGUAAUAAAGACGCCGAAGAGUCGAUAAUCGAUCAUCCUUGUGCGUCUUUACGAGAUGAUAAUGGCCUUGAUCAGUCAUCGUGUCUUAAAGCUAUUGGUUUGAUCGAUCGACGAGAGAAAGAAAUUAUUCGGAUGGAUCAGCCCGCGGAUCAAUCCCUCGGGUCUACGGAGUUUAGUCUCGAGUUCGGCAAUUUCAUGAGACUACAGAAAUGGGACGAUGCUGGCCAUGCUAACCCGAAAAUGCAGAAAGUCAUUUACGCCGAACUCACUGGCGAAUGGUCCAGACCGAGGAUUUAUAUUUGCGGUGCCUGCGCUGCGAGACACGUGACGUUAAGGGAAAUGGAAGAUCACAAAUCUUCGAUGCAUCCAAAUGUUUGGUGCUCCCACUACGAAUUUUCUGGCGAUCAGCGUGAACUUUACAAACAUCUGUUUCUACCGGGACGUAGUACGCCCACGAUCAAGGCUAAGAACGCGAUAGCUCCGGAGAAAAUUUGCACGAAGUGUUCGAAAAACUGUAGUACACUUGCGGAGUUGCACAGACACAUGCUCGAAUGCGGCGGCGAUCAGGCCUGGUUGUUGGGGCUCUUUGGUAACGGGAAAAAGAAGUGCAAGUGGCGCCCAUUCGGAAGUCGUAGCAGAAGACGACGUCAACGUGGAAUGAAAAGAAAUAUUCAAAAUUCUCAGACACCGCGUACGAACGUGCCAAGAGAGAAACAACCAGCUGGGCCUAGGGUUCGACCUAGUGACCGUGAAAGCAUUCAGAAAAUGUUGGCCAAUCUGCCGCCCAAGAGGGCUACCAGAAAAGUUUUACAGGACAGCACGUUGAGAACUCAAGGCAGACUACGUACGGUCCAGACGAGAUCGCGACCACGUAUGAGCAACGACAGUUCCUCCGCUUCGAGGAUGUCCCGAAAUAAGGCCGUUUUAAGGAACAAACUGUUGAAGAACGCAAAGUCGAUUCAACGUAAUCGUUGUAGGAGCGACAAUAUAUCGGCGGUUAUCGAGAGUGUCGUUAACGAUUAUAACGAAGAUGACGAGGAUGAUAAAGAACGAAAAGUCGAAGGGAAAGAGGAGAGGAAGGAUAAGGAUAGAACGAUGGAGAGUACAGGGAGUACGAGUGAGACAACCAAAGAAAAGGUCGAACCUACCUCGAAGGAUAAAAAGGAGGAGAUGGAAGGUGGUGCUGUUCGAGAGAAUAAUAAACCGAAGGUCGGACGGCCCAGGGUGCUUGGAAAGAAAAGGAACAUAAAGGUGAAAAAUGCAGUCGUAGAGAACGUCGAUCGUAGUACGAUGAGACGCGAACGAGUUAGAGCGAGAAACAAGACGACCUUGAAGUCGUCCAACUAUCAGAUUAGACUGCAAGAUUCGGGCUCGUUCGAGACGAAAUGUACGAAGAAUAUAAAAACGAUGUCCACGAGUAAGAUCUCGGACAUCGAGAACGAAUCCGAUAGGUCUAGCCUGGGUGUUGGUAGAUCGCCACCUUCCACGAGUAAAAACAAGUCGUUACCGUCCGUUCAAACAACUCCGAAACGAAAACGACCGGUCGAUCCAGUUACUUCUUUAAACGCUUCGAUUAAAGCGAAAUCGCAAUUGCGAACGCAGGAUGGUAAAUUUGCGAGAAAUCCAAACAAACUGGCGAACGUCCAAUCGGUUUCGAAAAUGCAGGAUACGAAGUCGCCUAUGGCACGGCAAUUUGGUAAAGACGCGUCGGAAUCGUCGAAAUCGUCGAAAUCGUUUACACAGGGUUUUACAAAGACGAGAAACAACGAGGAAGUUCAGUCGGUACCUAGGAGAACGACCAGGUUGUCGUCGGACAGUGAUAAAAUGCCGACUCUAGAACCGGUACCACAGAUAUCAUCCAACGAGGAAUACGUUGAAAAAUCGACCAAUGAUUUACCUAUACUAUCGCCCGUUAGUAAUCCCGAUCAAAAGAUACUUCGUGGUUCGAUUAAAACUGCGGAGAACGAAAGAGGUAGUCCAACGAUAUCGAAAGGUUCUGGGAAUAUUAACGAUACGGUUGAGAAAUCUUCGACGAAGAUGGAAGAACAGAGACAGUACAAAAAGAGAAAGACCAGCGGUGACAAUAAGAUAAUCGAUCGUAAGGUCGAACACGAGUCGGGUACCUUGAAUUCACGGGAAAAUCAAAGUGGCUCGGCCAAGUUAGUGGUCAGAGAGAGCAGAAUAAGAACGAGAAAAAGUGCUCCUGCGAAGAGCGUUAACAACGUCGAAGAAAAUGGAAGGAAGGAGGAUGGAAGAAGAGGAGCCCCGAGGGGUUCAAAGUGUCGUGCUACUUCAGCGGACGGUACGAAGAACGAUUCGACGACGAGGGAUGAGCCAAACUUGUCGAAAAACUUUGAGACGAGAAGUUAUUCAAGAAAUCGACAGGACCGAGCAAUCUAUUCGCAGGACAUGGAAUCUCUUAACACGAAGGACAUGCCAUUCGAAGUGAAAAAGCUAUUGAUUGGUUUACACGCGAACGCCAGGGAGGACAUUUAUAAUUUUUUUAGGCUCGACUUUACUUCCCUCUUAGACAUCUCGUCGAAACGUAGCCUUCGACAAUCGGCCUCGAGACUGACGGAUUCUCAGCCAAAUGCCAAGAUCGGUAAGGUCCCAAAGGAUCAGGAUUCUAAUAGUCGCGUUCCAGCGGAAAUAUCGAGGAAGUCAACGUUGGACGUACCGAGGACGUGGUCGAAAACAUCGAAGAAGGAGAAGAACAAUUUUUUAAGAAAGUCGCCGAGAAACAGCGAAAAAAAAGUUACUACAGAAAAGUCCAAAUCGAGCGACGAGGAAAGAUCGACGAAUUCGACGAACGAUAAUGUCGCGAGCGAAGAGAAAACGAACGCGACUAAAGACAGUGGCGAUACCAAUUUGAAAGAAACGGAGGAAACCAAAGACGUCGUUGCGCGUUCAGAGACGACGCCAUCGUGCAAUACUGAAAUAGAAAGCGAUAAGAAAGAUUCCGUAGAUUCGGACGAUCAAGAACGAUCGGAGAAUCAUCGAAAAAAACUCAAGGACGAUCAAAAAGUAUCCGAAUGUACGAACAAAGAAAGUAUCGCCGAUGAGAGUAACGACGUGAUCUUGAAGAAGAACACGUCGUUGGGCAAACGACGCGGGAGAAUCAAAUCCAACGUCGAUCAUCGUCAAAUCGUCGAUGAACAAAACGAUGACAUCAAAGAUACUACCGCUAUCAGCAGCACGUCACCGAUAACUUCGGAUACUACCAAUGAGACCCCCGAUAAGGAUACGAAAGAAACGAAAAAAAAUAACGAAGAAGAAAACCGCGGCGAGACCGCGGAAUCGAAAGACACAAAAAAAUCUCCAGAAAACGUCAAGACCGACCCGACGAACCUUAACGUGAGCCAUUUGCAAUCGGAAACGACAAAUUCGAUCGACAGCGGUAAAGAAAAUUCUUUAGAAUCGUCGACAACCAAUUCGCACAAGCCAAGAGUCGGAAGACCAAAAAAGUGUUGGGGUUCUAGACGAGAAAGAACGUCGAAAAGAUCUUUGAGUAACGUCAUCGGCAUAUUAACAGAGGGUAUGAACAUACCCGUCGAAGUUCAGCAAAGUGUCGUUCUCACGGUUCAAACGACAGUUGAAAACGUUAAUCCCGUUGGAGUUGUUCAAAGUAACGCUUCACAGCCAGCUGGUGGUAGCGUUGUGAACAGUGGAUGUAUCGAGAAAAUGGCGGAAAGCGAGACUCCUUCGACGGUCGAUCGAUCUCGAAAGGAAGAAGAAAAAGAAAAAGGGAAGGAAAAAGAAGAAGAGAAAAGAGAAAAAGAGAAGGAAAAAGAAGAAAAGGAAGUACGGGAAAUCGACGAGAAACAAAUUCAAUUAACACCCGAGGAUCGUAAAUUUAAACCGAUCGAAAAAUCGCCCAAAGUACGUUCGCCAACGAACGAUAUCAUUUUGGAUCUAUCGAGGAGGAAACUUAGGAACAAGGGUUCCUUUUUAGAAAAGAUCGUUUCGAAAAUCGCUAAACAGAAGGAUGCUUUACUCGAAGGUGAAGUCGGUACGCUUUUGGACAUAGCUGCAGACGAAUUAACGAGCAUACUCGACGAAGUAGGGCCUACGUUGGAAAAUUCCGAGGCGUCCCAUGAAAAGAAAAUUAUUGGGGCAACGAGCAAAAAAUUACUAAAGCCUAAGAUGAUCGUGAAAGAGAGUGUUAUCGAACGUCAUGGAGGUACGUCGGUUGUUACAAAAAAUAAAAUAGAAAAAAAUCCAGAAGCCGUCGAAGCGACGAAAAGGAACGAUAUACUUUCGAAGAAGGAAGUUCUUAACGAGCUUGUUAUCGAACGAAAUCAAUAUCAGGAUGAGAAACGAUCGGACGACGAUGUUAUUAAGGAUCGAGCAAUAUCGGAAAAUAAAUGUGAAGUGUCUGACAAAUUAAAUGAAAUUAAAUCCGACGAAACGCUUCUUAAUCACGAGGAAAUUUCGUUAAAUCUUUCGAACGGUAUCCCGACAAAGGAUACGGAGGAAGUCGAAAAUGUUGCGGCAAAGUGUUCACCGAUCGAGACAAACCCGAUGGAAGAUAAAAACGAACCAUCUAAAAAUUUGAGUAACGCCGAGGUUUCUACGAAAUCAAAACGAAAGUCUAAGAAAAGAUCGUUGGACGUUAACUCGGCGAAAGAUCAGAAAAGUAUACCGGUCAUGGUCGAGGAAUUACCGAUGGAAGAUUCCCAAACCGAUAAAUUACAAUUGUUGGAAAGCGAUCAGCAAGGACGUCAGGAUUUGAUAGAAAAUAUAGAUGCCUCGUCUUCUACGAUCGAAUGCGAUAUGAUCUUGAUCGAUAACGGCGAUGUAAAAGAAUUUCGAGAUAAAAUGAGAAAAACUAUUGAGAACGAUCUUGAACUUAAACGAGAUAACUCGGCUAAUGAUUCUAACGGGAUCCAGUUUGAUAACGAUACUGUUAUCGAAAGUACGAAGAAAUCAGAAACCGAUGUCAAUAAGGAAUUUGAAGAACGUGAUUCGAAGGAAGUCGAAGUAACAAUACCAAUUGCCGAUUCUAAAUUAGUAACUAACGCGAGUCAAGGAGCGAUUAAAGAAAUCGAAAGAAAAUUCGAGGAUAGUUUAAUCGAUAAAGAAACGAACGUUGGCUUGUUUUCGCGAAAGCAAAACAAACGAAGGCCCGAAGGUAAAUCGAAUCAUCCCCAAAUGGGAAGGCGCUUUUCGAAAAGAAAAUUAAACUCCGAGGACGUUUCCGAUUUCAUUGACGAGAACGUUUAUCGAUCCGAUACGCCCUCGGCCGAGACGACGAGAGUCCAGCAAAAGGACGAAACCACGUCACUUUCGACGUCUCGAAGAAAAUCCUCGAGGCUAAAAUCGUCCUUGGUUAUCGAUGUAUCGGCGAACGCCGAGGAGGAAACGUUCGAGAACGUUAAAAAUAAUUUAUCUUGCGAUUCCUCGAUUGCGAACGUCGAAGAUACUACAUCUGUUAAAUCGGAAAUAUCCGAAGUAAAGAAACCUGAGGAAGAAAGAGUAACAUCGAUACAACACCCAACGAUAUUGCGAAUACCAGAGAUAUCGAGGCUAUACGAGAACAAUAUCGGUCACGAACAACAAGAAAAAGAGAUUUCGUCGUCCGUACUAGUCAAUGAUUUAAUCGAUACGAACGAAAGAACAUCUACCUCGGUGAUACCUCCAAAAGUUUCGAAGAAACGUGGAAGGAAAAAGAAAUCGUUGGCAGACGAACAUUUGGAAUUACCCAGGCAGAAAACGAUCGAGAAGUCACUCGAGGAAUCGAAAAUCGUCCAGUCUACGAUCGACGACUGUUCCGAGAAAAGUUGCACACCUUUGACGGAACUAACGAUAUCAUCUGCUGGUGAGGCUGGUGUUGGUGACGGUAGUGGUGAUGGUGGUGAUGGUGAUGAUGGUGGUGGUGGUGUUGGUGGUGAUGGUGCUACUGCUGAUUGUGGUAGUUGUUCGACCGAGGAAUCGUCGGGCAUUGAUUUUCCAGUUAAUGCCAAUGCUCUUUCGGAACCCUUCAAAGUUCCCGAAGUGAGCGACGUGUUGCAGCAUACAAAGAAGCGUACGUCGAAACGUAGACAGGAACAGUCGGACGAACAUUUCGAUUCUGAGUGCACCGAGUCGGGUCAGCAGGAUUCUUUCGAAACUAACAUCGAACGAGAAACGAAAGAAUCGAAAAAGUUAUCUCGUACUAACGAGACAGCAGAGGAAUCCUUACCGGAAAAUCAAUCGUGCGACGCCGAAACUAAAGUUAAAUUCGAUCGUGAUUAUGUCGACGGAAUCGAAAAAUCUAAUUCCACAGAUUUCCUCGAGAACGAUUCGCCGUCGUCGACGUGUAAAUCGACGAAGGGAGGAGGCGGAGGAUCGUCGAGACGUGGAAAACGUUCGGAGGAGGACGAAUCAACAACGUGCCUCGAUAAUAUCGAAAAUGUCGAAAAUUUGUCGGAAUCUUCGUGUACGAGCGAGCCCGGUUCUUUUCAAAGAAGAAAACGUUUCACGAGAAAGAAAAAAAAUCAUCAGGAUAUUAACGAGGAUCCAGAAACCGAUGGUUCCCUUACCGAUUCAACAAAAUUGCCAGACGAUAGGACGAGUUCGCGCGGCAUCGAGAGAAGACAAAUCCCAAAGAGACGAGCCAAAAACAAUAUUUCAUUCCGCGAAGAUUUCUCGAACAGCGAGAGCUCCGAGGAGAUGUUCUACGACGUACCUUACGUCGAUCGAAUCGUUGAAAAUAUCAAUGAGAAUCGGGAGUCGAAGAAAAAAUCGUCUUUAACGUCGUUCGAAGACGUCAAAUCGAUGGAUUUCGUAACGGCCGACGAUAAAGAGAAGAACGACAGCGAAACGGAUAAAGAAGAUUCGUUGAUGGAACAAUCGAUCGCUAUGAACGAAUCGGAAUUCGGUUUGGACGGUCGUCAGCUAUCGGACGAUCUACAAACACCGAAGAAACGUACGGCUGGUAAUUUCGUCGUCGUUCACACUAAGACCGGUGAAAUUUUAAUAGUGGAAAAACGUAAGAAACUGACGAAAGAGGCCGCAAGAUUUUUCUGCGACGUUUGCACUACUAGCUUCACGAGGAAGAGUUCGCUUAAGAAACACAAUCAAUCCCAAUCCCAUCUUAUACAAUUGACCAAGUCUGACAAAGAGAAGUCGAACGAAAAUGAUUGUAAAAAUGACGGGGACGAUCGUUGUCGGGACACGUGGACAACGAGCAACGAAGUCGAUCGACGAACUAACGAAGAGGACGACGAGAAAGAAACUAUCGAAUCGGUCGACGAUAGUUUAUGUUUGAUGAACGACGGUAUCACGAAUUUCGAGAAAAAGGAUACGUUCGCUGAUUAUCGUCGUAACAACGUCGAACCUAACGGUUCUUUCGAUAAUUCGGUCAAUAAUCAAGAAGCCUUGGAGGACGAACUUUUGGACGAAGAAAUCUGUAAGAUAACGGAAAAUAUGAGCCACGACGAGUACGUUUUGACCGAUCACGUCAGUCCGAUUCAACCGGAAUCCUCGUCCACUCCGUUGAAAAAAUUAAAUAAAAAGAUCGAGGAUGACGGUAAGAAGAAGAAGUUGGAGAAGAAGCGCGACAAAACGAAAAAGAGAAAUUUGGCCGACGAACAUUUGGACUUGGAUACGCCGGAACCGGAACAAAUUAUAUCGAACGAAACUAAAGACAAAUCUGACCUUGAAGAUUCCGAGACGAAUAAAAAAGAUACGAACGACAGAGAAAUUCUUCCUACAUCCUCUUCUUGGAACUCUGGAAAUAUUAAUGAAACCGACGUUCUCGCAGAAAAUGAUCAGCAUUUGUUAGAAGGAGGUAAUGUCGACGAUGUUAAUGCGAUCGAUCAAGCGCGUACAUCAAAAUCAAAUCGAAAUGUUCAAUCGAACGAUAACGAAUCGAAGAUGAUAAUUUGCGAUUUAAAAGAAGACGAUCUAUUUAAAAAGGAUUUUCCUCGAGCGAUUAUCUCUACGAUAAAAAAUGUCAACUCGUUUCAAGAAAUCGAUGUUAAUUACAAAGAAGAAGAAAAAACAGAUAAUAACGUGUCCUUUAAUUGGGCCAACGUAGAGAAAGAGUUACAAUCAAAGCUUGAUUCUAUGAAAGAUAAUGAGAAUAAGGUUAACGAGAUUGGUGAUGAAAUUUCCAUAUCCUCGAGUACCAACUACAAAACUGAUCAAAUUCAUUGCGAUUUCGAAAGAGAUUUUCAGGAAAUUAACGUUAAUAACGUGGAGACAAAGGUUAUUGAAUUUUCUAAUAAUUCCAAAGAUUCUAAUACGUUCAAAGAAAGUUUGGAAAGUGAAUCAAUCUCGAAUGUUAAAGAAACUAACAAUACUGUUGACAAUUACGCCGUGUAUUUAGCUAACGAAGUCGACGAUGUUAAAGUUGAUGAGACUAAUCGAUAUUCCAUUUCAUCGAAUAUAAACGAUAAAAUUGAUUGUGAUAAAAAGAUAAAAGAGAAUAGCUCCAAGGAGAUCGUAGAAAUUAAGGAUAUUGAAGAAAAUAAUGUCGACGGUAUUGAUCGUCCUAUCUAUGAAUUAUCGAAUCCAAAUUAUAACGAGAUUGAUACGUCGAAAAAUAAAGAGGAAGAAAAUCGAUCUCACGAUCCAUGCUCGACCGAAAAGACAUCCGAAGAAUAUGGAUCGUUAGUUCGGGAAGAAAAUGUCGUCGGAUCGAUCGACAUCGAUCUUACGAAGAAAGAAAAUUCUACGAUCUCGAGGACGGAAAAACUUAAAUCUAAAGAUAAUUCGAUCGAUUCGACGGAAACCGAAACGAAUUUAACCGCAAGAAACGUUCGGAGAUCAUCGAAAUCUCAUAGGAAAUCUUAUCAACGUGCCGUCGAGGAGAUCGAAGAAAGAUCGAUCUUGUUGGAUCUUAACGAGACGACAAACGUUUCCAAAACAUUAGAACGAAAUGAUUUAUCCGUGGCCGAGGUUGAGAUCGAACGUAUAGAUCAAUCGAACGAGAAAACGAAAAUAAUCGAUCCUAUCGUGAUUACGAACGAAUCGAAAUCAUUUCCAAGCGAUCAAUCGUCGUCCGUUCGUAGGGACGAUUCGAACGUUGAAAUAAUUGCCAAAGUUUCCCCGUUAACGAUAAACAAUAAAAACGAACGUAAGGAUAAUUCGACGAUCGUGGAAAAUCAUAGUUAUGUCAAUAAAAAUUUCGAUAUCAUCGAGGAGAACGACGAGGUAUCGUCGUCGUCCAGUUUAAACGAUAAACCGCUAUCUGAAUUUUUAAUAAAAAUGAGCAAUAAAAAGAGAAAGGAAAUAAAAAAUAAAAGCGAAGACGAUACUUUGGAGAAUUUAACGAUCAAGAAGAAAACCGAAUCGUUGGAAAAUAAUGUUGCGAACGACGAAAUGGAGGUAUCGAGAUCGAUCGAAUUCGAAAAUGACGAUGACGGCGAUGAUAUCGUUAAUAAGGAAGGAAAUGUCAGGGAGAUUGAACGUGACAAUUCGGAAUUAAAUACGGAAAAGUACAUAAACAUCAUCGCGGAGGAAAAAUUAUCGAACGAAAAGAUGAUUUCUGAAGUCGAUGUUAGCGCCGACGAGCAGACGACCCCCGUCGAGGAUUAUUACAUCGAUAAUAAAAAAUCUCGCAUAGUAUCGUCCACGUUGAAUAAUAAAAACGUAGAAGAAAAAAAGUCGGAGAAUAUUCGUACGUCGAUCACCGAGGGUCAACGUACUACCGGGAAGAAGUUAAGGAGAACGAACAAAUCGGUUAAGAAAAUCCCUCAUAGAAAAUCUCGUGUAACAAAGAAAAAGAAAAUUAUUUCGAGAUCAAAGAUCGCAGAUUUGUCGAGCGACACCGAUGGCAGCGAAUACGAAGGCCCGAACGGCUCUCAAAACAAGAAUAAAAUCGUCAAAAGUGUUUUCGGCCGUGUUUUCGGCGGUGAAAAAUCUGACAAGGUUAAAGAGGUAUUGAACGAUUGGGUAUCGAAGUCGGAAAACGAUUCGGAUGGUUCUAGAAAUGGUUUUGAAUCGACGGGAUCUAAUGUCAGUAACGUGCCAUUGAAAAUAUCACGUCAGCCAUUGGAAAUGAAGAAUAUCGAUUACGAUAAUAAUAGAAAACAUCGUUCGGUUAGUUCGAAUGUUAAACGAACGAAUGGUAAACAACAUGUCAAGAGAAGAAAUUCAUCUUCUGACAGCAAACAGGAAAGGAUUUCGUCGUCGGAACAACAGGAACAUUAUAGGCGAGGUAAUAACAAACAUUCGAAAGCUAAAAACAAUAGUAAGCAUCGUGUUGCGCAAGAAGAAAUUCCUACGCGCAAUUCGGUAAUAUCGAAUUCGAUAGAAGAGGAAGUUUCGACGUUAGAAACGAACUCUAGAUGUAGAUUGAGUAAGAAACGCGCGCAAGAAAAGAUCUCUUGGUCUUUCGAGUUUUCAAAUGGCCUUGACGAGGUACUGCCACGAAAGAUUCACAAGCAAAGGAAUAAGGAGACGUCUUACGAAUUAAGGAAAUCGACGAAAUCCGAUUCCGUUGUUAAAGACAAUGGUUAUAGUUCUCUCGAUUACGAUAGAAUGUUUAUGAAUUUUGAUGGAUCAACGAAAAAUUCAAGAAAGAAGGCCGAUCGUUCGAUCAAGCAGACCGAGAUUGUUACGGAUACUGGGACGGAUAAAUCUGUUAUUCGGAAAAAUGGAAAGAGAUUGGGGAGCGACGAUAUAAAUGAAUCCAAAAUCGGUACGAUCGAUUUCGGAGAGAACGAAAGUUUCAAGACGAUAGAUACUCGAGGACGAGAGGAAGAAAAAAAUUUAGAAAAUAAAGAGGAGGAAGAGGAGGAGGAGGAGGAGGAUGACGACGACGAAGAGGAGGAGGAGGAGGAGGAGGAGGAGGAGGAGGAAGAAGAGGAAGAGGAAGAGGAAGAAGAAGAAGAAGAAGAAGACGACGAAGAGGAAGAGAACGGGGAUGAGGAAGUAGUGAAAGAUCGGGAUAACGAUACACGGAAAAAUGAAAUCGUUUCGUCGACCGGACAGAUCAAUCAGGAUACGAGAAUCAGAUUAACUAAUAUAGAUGGGGGCUCGCAAAUAAGUUGCGACGACGACAGCGACGUGGAUGACGAUGGAGUUCAUAGCACGACCGAACUAAACUGUGAACAAAGAAGGAUGUCACCUUUGUUUGCUCGUGAUACACCCGAUACUUCGUUGGAGAGUAGUUCGAACAGCGAAAACGAGGAUGAUAAUGACGAGGAAGAGGAAGAAGAGGAAGAGGAGGAGGAAGAAGAGGAAGAAGAAGAGGAAGAAGAAGAGGAAGAAGAAGAAGAAGAGGAUGAAAGAAAACUCGCCUUGGAUGUGACCAGGAAAAGAAGCCCUAGCGUAUUUUCUAACGGUAAAGUCUUGAUUAGAUCGCCAUCCUCGAGUCACAGGGAUCGAACUGAAGUUAUCACCAUAGCACCAACGGACGCUGUCGAAGAUAAUGCCUUAGACGUACCACAGGAAAUAGAAUCGAAUAAGCCACGACAAGGUAAGGUUUUGAACUUUGAUGAGGAACUUUUCGUCGAGUGUUGUUCAAGAUUGAAAGCAACAACGGAGAACGAGUUACGUGGUGCGAAAAAGAUCAAAUUGGAUCAUUCGGAUUCUUAUCAUAAGAAGGAAGAUCAGGUACAACUUUAUAGGACCAAUAAAGAUCGAUGGAGGGACGUCGAAAGUCAGAAUAGUCUUGGAAGCCUUUUGGAAUCGGUUAAUCAGUUGCUAGGCGAGGAGAUGCAUGGUACACGAGAAAGAGAAUAUAGCAAACGCUGUGGUGGUAGAACCAGGAACGUACAGAGCGAAUUAUCUAGCAGAUCGGUCAGUCCAGACAUCUCUCGUGCUGACAAUCUUGGAUACGAAGAUAGUCUUGAUGUUGCCUUCGAGCAUAACAACAAGCUCCGCGACAAGAUUCAACAACGAAUGAGAGAGAGCGAGAAUCUUAUUGCGAGUACGUUUGGACAACGAUCCGGAAGCAACACAGACGAUGGAUACGAACGUCAACGUCUAAGUAAUCGGAGUAAAAUCAACGAGGAGGACAACGAUGCUCCUUACUUACGGAUCGAUGAUCACGGACACUUGUCCAACUCGAACGGAGAUCGUAACGAUACUACUAAUAUCGAUCAUGCUCAGGACGGACAAGCGACCGCUAAAACAAACAUAGAUGCAUCAGGAUUUAAAAGCAAAAUGAAUUCCGCCUUGGGCGGUCUCUUGGAUAAAGCACUUUCAAAUUUAUUGCACAAUAAUGGUAAACACGAUCACAACGGUUCGACCCCGAUGAAGGUUCUCGCAGAGUUAGCUUGUGCACGUGCGCCAAGAUCGACUUCGCCCGAAGAUCGACAGACGAAGAUCGCUGCGCCAGCAAAGGACACGAUCCAGGAGACGAUAUCCGUUACAUUGGGGAAGGAUCUGCAACCGAAGAAAACGAGAAAUCCGAUAAAGGAAUUGUUCGAAAGAAAAAAAGAGAUGAAUGAGCGAAGGCAACAAGAAAGAUCAAAAGCUGAAGCUGCGUUACGUGAAUUGAAUACAACACCGAGACAACAACGAAAGUCAAAGAAAACGAAAAAACGUCCAGAAUUUCCGUUGAUAAGGAGAAACGAUCAGAGUGGAUUAGCCGAAAAGAAGAAACGCCGAGACGGUUUCGAAUCUAAGGACAACGCGCUUAGAUCGGAAAAGGUCAAAGACGUUUACGAUUUCGACGAAGAUGAGAGCCAAAUGGAACCUGCUUUCGGUGGUGUCAUGUCUUAUAGAACGAAAGUUGAAAAAAGCUAUGAGGUUAGUUGUCUUAGAACGAAGGAAGUCGACGUGGCUGGCCUGUUGUCGAAAGCUAUUGGCGAUAGUUUGGAAAAUGGAAAAACUGGAGACGUUCUUGGUACAAGAUUAGAAUCUAUGAUCGAUCGAAAGUUUAAGGAAAUGGAGAAAUUCGCACCGAAGACGAAAGGUGCAUUGAAAGCGUUUCAAAGCGAGGAUCAACAGCAUCGCAUCACAGGACCUAUGGAUGAGUUUGUAGAAAGAAAGCAAAGAUCCAAGCAACGCUCCGUAGAUCAACAAAAGCAUACAAAAUUUAAGAAGAAGAAUAAAAAUUCGAAAAAGAAGCCAAGAAAUGCCUGGUACGAAAACGACAGUUCGGACGAGUAUAGAACAGCUGCUAAAACCGAGGACGUUGGUGUAGGCAUUUCUAAGAGCCAACGUACAUGUUCCAAGGGUAAACAAAAUCUAUUCGCUGAACUUUCGACCUCGUCCGAGAGCGAAUUCGAGGACGACGAGGUUACGAGUUACGAAUCGAAGAGACGUCGUCGAGUUAAGAAAAAUAUUAAAAAAGAUGUCGAGAUCGUCGAAGAGGUUGAUAAGAUCGAGAAAGUCGAAGAAAAUUAUUGCUUUGGCGGUGAUCGAGAUCAAGACGUCGAAAUUGAACAGGAACAGGAGCAACAACAGGAGCAGGAAGAGGAAGAGGAAGAGGAGGAGGAAGAAGAAGAAUGGACUGCUAAUCGUCGAACAACAACAGAAACUACCGAUACCAAGAACGAUAUCGAUAAUAAGAAAUCAGAGUCCGAGAUGUCCGAUCAUCCAUUGGUGAUCGACGAGAGAAAGGAGAUUAGCGAACAAAGAAACAGCGAUGACGAUGCCGAUAAUCAAUCCGAACGUAUUCUGGAAUUAGACGAUUUAUAUCGAGAAGAUAGUUCGGUUGCUGAUUCCGACGUCGAAGAUAACACGAUAACCGAUUGCCGAGAGAUCAUCCCAAACGAGACUAUCGCGAAGAGAUGUCCAACUCCUCAAAUAGAAAAGAUUUCGCAAAAUACGAGAACGGAUUAUACGCCGGAGGAAGAACUUAUUCCGUUGGAAGAAGCUUUGGAUUUGUUGGAUAGACCAGAUAUAUUGAAUACCGACGUAAACGUGAAUACGAACGAACGGACAAGUCCUACGGUAAAUUCUGGAGUUAUCGCAGGGAAGACCGUCGAUCAGCCAAAAGGAACUGAUGAACCAAAUGGUCAUCAAAGUACGAACGAAGAACAGGACGAUGAGGCUGACGGUGACGUUCCUGAAUUACCAGAGAAAUUAUCUACGAACGAGAAACCGCAAAAAGAAUCGGACAAUCUACCUCUUCAUGUAUUCUUGAGCAGAAAAGUACAAGAAUCGAAGAAGAGGAAACAACAGCAGUUGAAAAAAUUACGAGAAGAACAGGAAAGGAUUCUAAUGGAGUUUCAGCCAACCAGAAGGCAAAGAAAGUGUGCCAUUGGUAAACAGGGUCUUUUAGCAGAGAUAAGUAGCUCGGACGAUGAAACAAAUGCUAAGGAAAGUCAAAGUAGAAAAUUAACUGAUAAAUCGGAUCACGAGAGAGCGAAGAAACAGAAAAGAGAGUCGAAAGAGAAAAGGAAGGAAAGAUAUUUGGAGAAGAAACACGAGCAGAUAAUAGCGAAGGAACAAAAGGCGAUAGAGGAGGAGAUUUUACGCGAACUCGAGAAAAAGAAGGAAAGUGCACAGAGAACGUCUAGCAAUAAUUCUGAAUCAAACGUUGAAUCGUCCCACGGACAAACUGUACAAUCGAUCAACAUAAACGAAAAGAAAAUUGUAUCUACGGAUGAUAAUCAUGAUAAAAAGAAACACCAAACGAAAGAGAAAUCGAAGAAGAUCGAAGAAUCCAUGGGAAACAAAGUCAACGACUUUGGUUCUCUCAAUUCCGAGACUAGUAGUAACAAUCGUGAAAAAACUGAUUGUAAAGUUAACGAUAAUGUAAUAGUUAAUGCAACCGAGAACCAUUUAUUAGACUCUAGUGUGAAAUCGAAGAAGAAUCCCGCAAAGUCGGUCUCGAAAGUGAAAAAAUCGGUAAGGACUGGUGUGGCAGGUGGAAACGAAGGAAAAACAGUGAACGGUAAUAAAAGAAGUAGAAUAACCAAUUCGGAUAAGUCCAAAAAUGGUCGUGUAGGUACGAAUAAUGGAAAAGAUUUGAAGGAAAGAAAAUCGUCUAAUUGUAAAAAAGAUGGCGACGAUGACGAAGAAUUAAAAACUACGAAAUCGUGGAACAAGGUCGACGAGGGCGUCGGCGUUGCGAUUGGUCGAAGAAAACGUGCUGCGGUUAAUCAGCUUUAUUAUUGGUCAAGUUCGAGCGACGAAGAGGAAAUAAUAGAACCUACACCGGUGAUCGAGGAAGAGGAAGACGAUCGUCAGGAACAACAUGGUUGGAUAGUCGGCGAUUCCCAUAAACGUAUGAUAACGAUGCUCGCCAUGGAAAAACAAUUAAAAGAAAAACGUCGAAGGAGCGAGGACGAAUUCGACUCGGUUAGAACUAAGAACAAGAAACACAGAAAUAGUACUUCUUGAUACGUGUUUCACGAUUAGAUUAAUCGUAGAUUUCGAAUAGGACACAUUAUAUGUUCGCGUUAAUAUCGUUUUGUCUCUCUCUGUCUCUCUGUCUCUCUCUGUCUCUCUCUCUUUCUCUCUCUCUCUUUCUCUCU